AGACAAUUAGCAAAGAAAUUCGAUAUAAGAAGACAAAUUUUGCUACAUAUUACAUCUUUAUAAACUAAUCACAUUUUAAUAGGUUGUACAUUUAGAUUCAACCAUAUUUGCACCAGAAAAUGGCAGAAGCUCCAUCCUCAAACACCAAUCUAAGAUUAUCUGGCAAAGUAGCCAUAGUGACAGGAGGUGCUAGUGGAAUCGGCGAAGCCACGGCACGUGUCUUUGCUAACGAAGGCGUGCGCGUGGUUGUGAUCGCGGACAUCCAAGAUGAGCUUGGAAAUCAAGUAGCUGCAUCCAUUGGCAUCCAAAGGUGCACUUACAUCCAUUGUGAUGUGGCAGAUGAAGAUCAAGUCAAAAAUCUCGUUCGAUCAACGGUAGAUAUAAUGUUCAGCAAUGCUGGAAUCGUUAGUCCCACAGAUCAAACAGUAAUGGAACUUGAUAUGUCCCAACUUGACCGUUUAUUUGGCGUCAAUGUUCGUGGGAUGGCAUUGUGUGUGAAACACGCGGCGCGUGCAAUGGUGGAGGGUAGCGUGAGGGGGAGCAUUGUGUGCACAGGAAGUGUUAGCGGUAGCGUAGGAAGCUCGAGGUCAACGGAUUACACAAUGUCAAAGCAUGCAGUGUUGGGGCUAAUGCGUGCGGCCAGUGUGCAACUGGCCACACACGGGAUAAGAGUCAACUGUGUUUCGCCAAAUGGACUAGCAACACCAUUGACUUGUAAGUUGUCGGGGAUGAGCGAAGAGAAAGCACAAGCGACUUACCAAAAAUAUGCAAGGCUUGAGGGAGUGGUGCUCACACCCAAACAUGUGGCAGAUGCUGUAUUGUUUUUAGUUUCUGAUCAGGCUGAGUUUAUCACAGACCUUGAUCUUAGGGUUGAUGGUGGAUUUGCAUAUGGAAAAUAGUGAUUUGUGCAUGAAGAUAUAAAAAACCAAAUAACAUUUCAUUUCAAAUAUAUCAAAACAACAACAGUAAAGGGAAUCAAAUUUGUUAUUGUAUUGAUAUUGAGAACUUAAAUUCUGCAAGUGUGAGAAGUAUAAAUAAAAAGAGAUAUAAAAGUAUAGGUGUUCCAACCGGGUUGAGUUUAGUAGAAGACGUUAGACUCUCACAGUGACGAAUCAAUGUUUGGGAAUCUGUACUUAUUGUCUGAUACGUCUUGAAUAUGAUUGUUUUCAUUUUUUACUGAGCCAAUUGAAACAUAGUUUGAAACUCAACUUAACAAUUAAUUCGUUGAAUUUUGUUUCAUGAA